GAGAGAGAGAGAGAGAGAGACGAGGAGAGGAGAGGAAAACACAGCGGAUGAGCUCUGCUAGAUAGUGUGGAUAUCAAACAGAAGCUUCUUAAGCGUUAGGAUUUUCCAAACAGUGUCUACUGUUCCUACAUUCACUCCUGAAGGACUCCUAAAGCAGAGCAGCACAGGAAAGCAACCAGGAAUCGCCGGCUUCUGCUUGUUUUCGUUCCGUUUGUCUGGAGUGGAGAUGCUUCUGUAAUUGGAUUCACCUGGAAAGUGCUCAAACCGCGAGAAGAGCUGCUUAAGUGACAGCGGCUCUCUAACGCAGCAUAGUAAAUUCUCUUCAUCUUUUUAUUUUCCCCUCAGCUCCAUCUCCCUCUCUUUUCUCGGCAGCCUCUCUCAUCUUCUUCCCACAGCAGAAGAGUAUCUGUCGCACGCUGAUCCUCACGAUGGGUGAUAAAGGCACAAGGGUUUUUAAGAAGGCUAGUCCAAAUGGAAAGUUAACUGUAUACCUUGGUAAGAGGGAUUUCGUCGACCAUGUGGAUCUCGUGGAGCCUGUCGAUGGUGUGGUUUUAAUUGAUCCAGAGUACUUAAAAGAGAGAAAAGUUUUUGUGACUUUGACGUGUGCUUUCCGCUAUGGACGGGAGGACUUGGACGUUCUUGGCUUGACGUUUCGCAAAGACCUCUUUGUGGCCAACAUCCAGGCAUUUCCUCCUGUGCCUGAAGAGAAAAAGAGCUUGACACGUCUACAAGAGCGACUGAUAAAGAAACUUGGAGAACAUGCUUACCCCUUCACCUUUGAGAUCCCCCCGAACUUACCCUGCUCUGUCACGUUACAACCAGGGCCAGAAGAUACAGGAAAGGCCUGCGGGGUUGACUUUGAAGUGAAAGCCUUCUGUGCAGAAAACGUUGAAGAAAAAAUCCACAAAAGGAAUUCAGUGCGUCUUGUCAUCAGAAAAGUGCAGUAUGCUCCAGAGAAGCCGGGCCCACAGCCAAUGGCUGAAACCACAAGGCAGUUUCUCAUGUCAGAUAAACCUUUACACCUGGAGGCCUCACUUGACAAAGAGAUUUACUAUCAUGGUGAACCAAUCAGUGUCAACGUCCAUGUCACAAACAACACAAACAAGACAGUAAAAAAAAUGAAGAUUUCAGUGCGUCAAUAUGCUGAUAUCUGCCUCUUCAACACUGCCCAGUACAAGUGUCCCGUGGCCACAGAGGAAACAGAUGAUAUUGUGGCCCCCAGUGCUACAUUUUGUAAAGUAUACACUCUCACGCCUUUCCUUGUGAAUAACCGAGAGAAACGCGGCUUGGCUCUGGAUGGCAAACUCAAACAUGAAGACACAAAUUUAGCCUCCAGUACACUGUUAAGAGAGGGAGCUAAUAAGGAAAUUCUGGGCAUCAUUGUUUCUUAUAAGGUGAAAGUGAAACUUGUGGUGUCUCGUGGAGGGCUGCUUGGAGAUCUUGCCUCAAGUGAUGUUGCCGUUGAGCUACCCUUUACAUUAAUGCAUCCCAAACCACUGGAGGAAUCAAUCUACAGAGAUGCUCCAGAAAAUGAUGCCCCCAUUGACACAAACCUUAUUGAAUUUGACACAAAUGAUGAUGACAUCAUCUUCGAAGACUUUGCCCGACAACGACUGACCGGGGCAAAUGACGACAAAGACGAAGAUGAGGAGGGUGCUGAUUCACCCAAACUGAAUGACAGAUAGAUUGCAGAUAAGAGUUUCCUGUGUUGUGACGAUACAUGAGACCCUUUUGAGAUAACCAGGAGAAAUGGGACACCCUUUAACACACUCACAGUGGUGCAGUUGUUGUGUUCUUGUUCACAUUUGUCUCUUCCAUCCUGCAAGGGUGUACAGUAAAAACUUAAGUGUAGAAAAUGUGACGUUGUCGUCAAAGCGAUUAGAAGGUGAGGCUUUAGUUGAUAGGCUGGCCACUGAGUGCCUCGGGUAUUUGAAGGUCUUUUAGGGUUGUGGCAAUGGCUUCACAUCUUAGCUAAAUCAAACGUCAGUGGUAGCAUGCCUUUGUUGUUGCUAGGUUUUAUAGGUUUUUCCUGGGCCGUGAUUUAGUUUUGAACCAUAUUUAAUGUAAGGAAUUUCUUGUUUCAAUUACUGUUAAUGGAACUGUAUUCAGUAUUAAAUUUGUUUAAUUUUCAAAUUUUUUUUUUUUUUUUUAUAAAAGCUGCCAAAUUGAAUCAUCUUUAUGUCUAAUGUCUCAAAUGAGAGCUUUUGAAUCAGUCGUGCAGGGUGAAAGUUUUUAUUUUUAUUUUCAAUUUUUCAAUAAAAAAAUUAUAUCUAAAAGCUAUCUUACCUAAUAAAAGUUAUGGAUACUCUACUGAUAAAAAGACUACAUGACACAAUGCAACAACUAUUUGUGAACAUAUUAUUUUCUCUUAAAUGUCUUCAGUUAUUUCAAGUGGGUUUCUAUGAAAUCAUUUAAUUAUAAAUAAUGCCUAUAUAUCUGUAAGGGGACUAUAUAUUAUUAUAUGAUAUUUUUACAUAAAUGAAGCUUCUCAAAAAGAGCACCCACUGUAUGAAUAGUCAUGGGCUACAAACGUUCCAGUUACAAUCUCUAUUCUGAAUAAAGUAUAUGAAUGCUGAAAUCUGUCUCUUCUGUGGAACAGAAUAGAUCUUUUGAAGAAUGUUCUGGUAUAUUUUUCCCAUACUAUCACAAUUCAUUUAAAAGCUACAAAGUAUCAUGAAAUAUCAUCCCUUCAAUUUGUGCCAUUGUCAUAUUGUAUUCUUGUUCCGAAUUAACUGGUUUAUGUGAAGAAGAACUCAACAUUUAAGUUGUUAUUCAUAAAAAUUUUCCAGCACUCUGGAACCGGAUCAGUUUUUGAAUUGAUUAUUUAAUAAGUCCUUAUUCCUUCUUGUGAACCAGUUCAGUCAUUCAUUGAAUAGAUCAGACUCAAAAGAACAACUUGUUAAUUGAAAAAGUGGACAAUCAAUUGUUUCAGUUGAAUCAAACUCUUUCUCUUAACAGUUCUACAGUAGCUCAACUGUUUACUACUGUUGUCAUUUUUUAGAGCCUCUUUGAGCAGAACUUAAUUUAGUUAGCAUUAUUAAAACACUAUUUCCCUGUUUAACACUGUAAAGUUGCUUUGACACCA